AUGACAAGUCUCGCGGCCUCCAAGAUUGCGUUCUGUGACAAUCCAGCAUGCGUCACGUGGAAGACGGCAGAGAUUCCACUCAAGAUGUGUUCGAGGUUGUGGAACGAUGGACUAUCACUAAUGCGUAAAAUCUGUCAUCGUUCAGAGUGCCAAAAGUUGGCGUGGCCUGCGCACGUAGAGCAAUGCAAAGCGCUGCAAGCCGCUAGAUGCAAGCUGCGAUGUGCUCAACACCAUAACCUGUGGGCAUAUAUACACCGCUGGGCUACACGUAAUCGCACUCCUCUCUACAAUGCCUUGCUCGCUGCAGUGUAUCUCAGCGAGAGCGCCGAAGCGCACAAGCAGUUCCUCCUUGUAGUCAAAUUGCACUAUUCCCCCUCAGCAAAGCACCUUCGGCAGUGUCUCAUACUGAAGAGUGCCUCCAAACUGUUGUGGAGCGAGAUGAAGAGUUUCGGCAGCGCCUGGAUGCGGGAGAAACUCUCCAUCAUAUGCGCUAAACGAGAGCAACCCGAGAGCAUCAUGAAUUCGCCUCAAGGCAGUUUAUCUUUGGCUUCGGCAUGGUCCUUCUAG